CACGACAACAAAAACAACAUCUGCUCGAAGGCUGGCAAUACGUUGUGAAGCUAAAACCAUGGACGAUCUUAAAGAACCGAAGAAGUUCAACAUAACAUUUUCUGGCUGUGGAUUUUUGGGAAUCUAUCAUGUUGGAGUAGCGAGUGCUUUGAAGGACAGAGCGCCUGAACUUCUUGAAAGAAUCGAGAACUUUGGCGGGGCGAGUGCGGGAGCUUUAGCCGCCGGUUCGCUUCUGUGUGGAAUCAGUCUUUCUGAAUCGCUUCAGUUUACACUACGGUUAGCAGAACAUGCUAGGAGAUUCUCAAUAGGGCCUUUUCAUCCUCGAUUUCAGUUGACCAAGACAAUUACGAAGGUUUUUAGACGAAUGAUACCUGAUGACGCUUAUAAACGCUGCUCGGGAAGGCUUCACAUAUCGCUUACACGUUGUAGUGAUUGGCAAAAUGUUGUUAUCUCAGAAUUCCAUUCCAAUGACGAUCUUGUUGAUGUAAGUUUAUUUGAAUGUUGUUUUUUAGGUUGUAUUGCUUUAUUUCUUCUGUUUUUCUACCCCGUAUAAAUGUUCCAUGUAAGUUUUAUAUGAUGUAUUAAAUCUAAAAAUUUUGGACUUUGCACAAUUGAAAAUACGAAAUGGAUUGUAUGUAAAUAUUGCGUGUUGAUUAUUAGCUAUUUUCGUUCCAAAAAUUCUCGUGACUUAAUAGUCAAUUAUAUUUCAGGAACAAGUUAAACUGAACUUUACACUGAUAAACAUUACAACACGAUAACACGCGCUUAUAUAUAAGUUUUUAAUUUGUCAAUAAUGGUUAUGCUUUUGUACACAUUUAAUACACUGAAAACGUCUGUAGUUAUAUUUCUUUUAGGUUUUAAAUACUUAUCUGCCUCCCUUUUGAGUAUUAAAUACUAAUAUCUACGGUGGUAUUUAUACUUAAUAUAAUACUCUCAGACAAAAAUCAGGCUUUUUAUUCCAAAUUUAGCUAUCUCUUCUCAUAUGAUUGUCGCAUGAGCCGGCAUGACGCAACGACAAUAUUUCAAUUUUAAGUGGGUGUGAAGUAAAUCCUUUACAGUCUAGCUUGAGACGUCUGAAAUAUACUGGAUUCCAGCCAAUAAUACUCAAAUGUUGUAAUUAUUUAUAAAACAUCGCUUUCCCAUUGAUGAAUGGAAAAAUUUUCUCCUAGAGGCCUAGCUAGUAUAUUAUCAUGCUAUAUAAAUGUUGAGUUAGGGGCUGAUUACAGGUAGAGGUUUCAGCCCAGUUUUCAGCUGAAUAAAAUACAGCGAAUGAUUACAUGACAAAUUUUCAGCCCGGUUGAAGCUUCUGGGCUGAAAAUUUCAUCCCGGUUGACCAGCUGCAAAUUGUCAUGUAUAAAUGCUUUCAAGAUGUAAUGGAUUGGAAAUUUCAGGAAUCACAGUCAAGCAGUCCCGCACAAAUCAGAAUGUUAUGACCUGUAGGACCAAAUAUAAGCACUUAAAACACUUUAAAUUUAUCAAAGAAGCAGAAUAGCCCUAUUUUGAGACUUGUCCGUCUCAGACCGGGGCAGAGAUUUCAUCAUCCCUGUUUGAGCUGAAAGUUUAACUCAGGCUGGUCUGACUUGCCAUGUAAUUGUGAAACAAUUUCAGCUCGUUUAACCGGGUUGAAAUUCAGCCCGGGCUGAAAACUCUCCAUGUAAUCAGCCCCUUACAAUAUUUGGUGAUCUUCAGAGCAAGCGCCCUUUAACCUCUGAGAUCACGGGUUCAAUUUUCGGUGCGGACUCUUGUUUAAUAAAAGAGUCUGUCAAUAUUCUGCCGAAAGUCAUGGGUUUUCUCCGGGCGCUCCCGUUUCCUAGCCUCCCACAGGGAAAGUUGACAGGGUGGGUUAGGAUAAACACAGUUGGGAAAGUGGUAUCACAGUUGUUGUAAAAAUAAAACAGUCUGGGUUAAGCGUGUGGUUACUGGUAAGUGUAAUGCUUGAUGUAAAGCACAUUUUAUCAUAUCCACACAUGUGAAUUUGCACUAUAGAAGUAUAUCUUAAUCUUAAGGUGCUAGCUGUUACACUAUGCAACUUGUCUCGCAACUUAUCUAGCAAUUUGUUGUGACACAAGUUACACGCAAAAUUGCAAGGUGUAACGUACCUCCGAAUCAUCUCGCAACAUUUUUGUUUCAACAAGCAUAGCACAAAGUAGAAUCAGGUUCUACUUUUUGCAACAACUGCGACAAUGUUGCAACACAUUUUUAGAGCAUUGCACAGCGUAAUUACAUCCCUCUUUGCAACUAGUCUCGCAAUGUUUAUACACUGAAUGGCUUCCUAGUGGCUUUUGACUGUCAAUCUGGCGCCAAACGUUAGCACUCACGGUUUUUAUACUAUUUUUAAUGAUAAUUGCAAGUUGCAUGGAACUUAUUGCUUGGUGUAACAUCCCUUGCAAUGCAAUGCAAUGCAAUGCUGAAAUCGUUUUUCUAUUGCGAGAUAAGUUGCAACAAAGUUAAAUAAUAAGGCCAACAGACUUGCAACAAGUUGUUCCAACAAGUGUGAUAUUGUGUGCAUGUGACAAUUUCUCAACAUGUUGAUGACAACAAACUUGUGGUAACUUGUUAAGAACAGCUAGCCUGUAUUAGUCGUGUUGUGGUGUCGGAACAGCUUGUAGCAAGUCUGUUGUUGUCUUCAACCUUAUAACAUGAUGAUAACAACUUGUUCCAUACAGUGCGAACACAUCCUGAUAUCAGCUUGACAACAAACUUGCCACAAAGUGUUUGCAGAUCUUGUACAACUUGCAUGUUUUCACAUGUGUGCUUUAUAGUCAUUCCCUCGCCCUCAAGCAGCGUUGAAAUGGUUGGACACGCUGGACUCUCACAAUUAAUUUUUAGAAUUCUUUGACUACACAUAUGAUUAUCUCUGUAAUUCAUUACUUUUCCAAAUAUACCACAAUUUGUUAUACUCAAUGGUGACAAUCCAUUCCAAAAGGUUGGGGAAUGGAGUCUGCCAAUACAGUAGAUGUAAAUAAUAUAGAUUAUUAUACAUUUAAUAUGUAUUCUCGUUUCUAAUUGGUCAGAAAGCACCGGCUAAUUUUCAGUAUUCGGCAUUUAUUACGUAUUUUCCGCCGAUGACGUCAUCAGCGUCCAAUAAUUGUUUUUUUGCAUCGAACUUGCAUCCAAAAAAACAAUUAUUGGACUCUCUCGUGCCCAAACCCUUGCGCGGCCAAAAGCUUGAACCUAUAAGCGCGCGAAAAAAAAAAACAAACAAUGGCCUACAGCAGAUUUGCUUCGCUGAAUGAAAGUGAACUUUCCAAAUUAUUGGCAGAUAAGGAUGGUGAAAGCACGAAAAAAGCCACAAAGGGGUAAAUAGAACUAGAAAUAGAAUAUUUAGCUGACCUUUGAGGUGUUUGAUAUUCAAAAUGUACUUUUCCUACCUCAUGAACAGGAAUCGUUUUAUAUGUUUCUCAUGUCUUUAAAUGUAUAAUAAAACAAUUAUUGGAUUCGGCUUUCGCAUGAUAUGAAGAAUUAUUCGGACCUCGGUCUAUGUUAUCCGCCUCAGCUUCGCUUCGGCAGAUAACAUUGACCUCGGUCUGAAUAAUUCUUGAUAUCAUGCUCAGCCUCAUCCAAUAAUUGCUUAUUAUACAGGGUCUGAAGUUUAAAUAUUUUCUCGGUAUCCAACUGGGAUACCAGGAUUCAAAGUUUAGUAUCCCCCUGAGAAUGCAGUAUCCCACUUCUGGAUACUGGUUACCAUAAGUAUUCUACCCUGUCCCAUCCAAUAACUCUUGCUGUUACAAAUUACAGUAACAAUAGGAGAUUCAUUGUUCAGUCAAGUUGUCAACAACUAGACAAUUCAUUAAUACACAAAAAUGCACAUUAUAUGAGGAAAGGCUUGGGUGGCAAAUUCAUAGUAUUCAAAAGCUAUCAAGAGACUGUCAGAGGUGCUUAACAUUCUCCUAAUGUUUGAAAUUUUCUUAGUAUCCAGUUGGGAUAUAAGUCAUUCACAGUUUGGUAUCCAAAACCAAAUUUUAGUAUCCCAUGGAUAUCGGGAUACUGCAAAUUUCAGACCCUGAUUAUAUGUCAAACAUAAAUAUUAUAGACAAACGUCCAAAAAGUGCAGGGAAUCCAGGGAUAUACCCCUUCCCCAGGAAAAAUAGCCCUUGAUGAUGCUGCUGAAAAUAUUACAAACAAGAAUUUUUUAUACACAAGUUUUACCCACUGUUUUACCCCCAAGGGUUUGAAAAUUUGGGCUUCACAAAAGCUAUUUCCUGUAUUUUAAGUGCAACAAAGACAUGCAGAUAACAAUUAUGUAACCAUAGCUUGCAAUCUUGGGUGGCAUGGCUAGCAUCAUAGAAAAUCAACUUCCUCUCAAUUGGUCUAGCUUACAUGGCUCUUCAACUUGCAUAUUAUUUAUAUUACUCAAUUUACAUGUAAUUCUGUUAAUUUUUCAAAAUAAUUCAAUCUAUAAUGCUAUAAAAGUGAACUAAAUAGAAAAUUUAGAACAAUGAUAUAUCAAUAUGCUUGAAUUCUUUUUUAGGCUUUAGUUGCAUCUGCACAUGUUCCCUUUUAUUCUGGUGUCUGGCCUCCCAAAUUUCGUGGAGAGGUGAGUGCAUAACAUUUAGAUUAAUUUGCAUAUUAAAAUGAGCUUUAAUUUAUAAACAAUUGUAAUUAGAAACUUUAAGGAGCAAAACAAGUUAUUGAUCCAUAGGAUAUAGCUUGCAUGAUUGUUAUUUAUUAAGUAUAUCAGCCGGUACUUUUUACCAUAUUUUUAUAAAAAUCAAACUGAACGGCUGAUCAUGUUUUGUUUUUCUUGUUCUUACGUGCAACGAACGAGUAGUUUCUUUCAAUCGAUCGAUUUUAUGUAUGGAUCUUAGUUGAAAGACCACCCCAAGGAAUUCUGCUUGACCAUACAUUUUCUGCUUUUCGAAAAGCUAUUAGUCAGGUUGCUAUACAGCCAUAUUUUUGCAUAUAUACUGUACAAGCAAAUUUACUGUACUGUACUAUAGAACUGUCCAGUCAUAUACAUGAUAAAAAGCCGAUAUAAACAAAAGAUAUAAUACAGUAUGUAAAAUGUGACAGAACAGCGAACAUGCAAAUUCGGCCAUCUCAAAUAAUGGUAAUGUUGGGAUAGUAGCGUUGCAGACUGCAGAGGAGAGUGGACAUUAAGUCUCCCUCAUGCACCACCCCAUGGAAAUCCUGCACCCCUCCUUGCAGAUGAGGCUAUUAUUAGAUCCACCCCUGAGUAUUUGUUUCUUUUUGUAGUCCUAUGUUGAUGGUGGUAUUUCAAACAAUUUACCUCAACACUUUGAUGGAGAAACUAUAACAGUCACACCGUGGAGUGGGGAGAGCGAUAUCUGUCCUGAGGAUGAUUCAAACAGUUUUAAUCAAAUAAUGUUUGCCAACACCAGUAUCCAUUUCAGCGCUCAGAAUUUUUAUCGAAUAUGCCGUGCGUUCUUUCCACCUGAUGUUCAUGUUCUCAGCAAGAUGUGUAAACAGGGAUACACUGAUACCAUUAAGUACUUGAAAGUUCAUUGUAAGUUAAAAAUGCUAGAUGCGCGACCAGGAUUCAUAAUGAAGUUUCUGAAAUGUUCUCUGAUCGUAAAUUUUUAUUUAAAACACGAGCUUUCGACUUCCAGUCUGCAGUCUUCGACAGGUAAAGUGAUAUUAAAUCAUAUAAACUAUUCUACGGAUAUAGCUACAAGGACAGUGGUUUACAAUUACACUUAACAAUUAUAAUGACAUGCAAUAUAACAAUGAGUAGUUCCGCCUACGUAAUCUCUAGUGAAACGAGUAUACUUAUAAAUAUAAAACUAUGUUUAUGAUCUGUUCUUUUUUAAUAAAAAUCUAUUUUCUGGUAAAUGUUGUGCAUUGUUGUCAGAAUUGGCUGUGGUUGCUGUGUGCCAGGACUCCAGUGUUGCUCUGUGUCGAUAGGUUGCCUUGUCUAAGAUUUCGCACUCAUCAAAGUUGAUUUUAUCAGGUCCUGAGUCCAAGCAUGUUUUGCUAUGUUUGAGCCGGAUUUACAUUGUUUCACGUUUCUUUUAUGUUCCUUUUUUCUCGUUUCGAGAGCUCUGCAAAAGAAACGUGAAACAAUGUAAAUCCGGCUCAAACAUAGCAAAACAUGCUUGGACUCAGGACCAUAAAAUCAACUUUGAUGAGUGCGAAAUCUUGACAAGGCAACCUAUUUUUAAUAAAAAUCUAUUUUCUGGUAAAUGUUGUGCAUUGUUGUCAGAAUUGGCUGUGGUUGCUGUGUGCCAGGACUCCAGUGUUGCUCUGUGUCGAUAGGUUGCCUUGUCUAAGAUUUCGCACUCAUCAAAGUUGAUUUUAUCAGGUCCUGAGUCCAAGCAUGUUUUGCUAUGUUUGAGCCGGAUUUACAUUGUUUCACGUUUCUUUUAUGUUCCUUUUUUCUCGUUUCGAGAGCUCUGCAAAAGAAACGUGAAACAAUGUAAAUCCGGCUCAAACAUAGCAAAACAUGCUUGGACUCAGGACCAUAAAAUCAACUUUGAUGAGUGCGAAAUCUUGACAAGGCAACCUAUUUUUAAUAAAAAUCUAUUUUCUGGUAAAUGUUGUGCAUUGUUGUCAGAAUUGGCUGUGGUUGCUGUGUGCCAGGACUCCAGUGUUGCUCUGUGUCGAUAGGUUGCCUUGUCUAAGAUUUCGCACUCAUCAAAGUUGAUUUUAUCAGGUCCUGAGUCCAAGCAUGUUUUGCUAUGUUUGAGCCGGAUUUACAUUGUUUCACGUUUCUUUUAUGUUCCUUUUUUCUCGUUUCGAGAGCUCUGCAAAAGAAACGUGAAACAAUGUAAAUCCGGCUCAAACAUAGCAAAACAUGCUUGGACUCAGGACCAUAAAAUCAACUUUGAUGAGUGCGAAAUCUUGACAAGGCAACCUAUUGACACAGAGCAACACUGGAGUCCUGGCAUACAGCAACCACAGUCAAUUCUGACAACAAUGCACAACAUUUACCAGAACAAUAUAGAUUUUUAUUAAAAAAGAACAGAUCAUAAACAUAGUUUUAUAUUUAUAAGUAUACUCGUUUGAGUCGUUUCACUAUAGAGUUUACCUAGGCGGAACUACUCAUUGUGUAUAUAUUCAGGGCCGCCCAGAGGUUGGCGGGGGCCCGGAGUACAAAAUUUUUCCGGACGAGUACGUUGCAAUUGCUUUCGAGGGACUUUAUCUCAUUUUUUUAUGCCAAAAUUCGGUACUUAGCCCAAGAAAACAGAUAUCUUGUCCUUUGCGCGGAAAUAUUUAACACACAAAAAAGGCUGGGGCCCAACAAAAAUUUUUCAGGGGCCCCCAGCAACUCGGGGCAAUUUGCCCCCUUUGCCCCCCCCCCUCUGGGCGGCCCUCUAUAUAUUGCAUGUCAUUAUAAUUGUAAUUGUAAUAAAAUGUAAACCACUGUCCUUGUAGCUAUAUCCGUAGAAUAGUUUAUAUGAUUUAAUAUCACUUUACCUGUCGAAGACUGCAGACUGGCAGUCGAAAGCUCGUGUUUUAAAUAAAAAUUUACGAUCAGAGAACGUUUCAGAAACUUCAUUGUAAGUUGUCAAAAUUACAUUACAUGAGAAAAAUGCCCAAAACUAUCUAUUUUCAGAAUUCUUUGCCACCUGAUAGUUUGUUAAUUAGUGUAGGUAUAAAAUAAAAGUUAUUCCGAAAACAAGUCAUGCAGGCUGUCCAAAAUUGUGGUAACCAACAAGGGUUACUACCGCGUUAUCGCAAACUUUGUUUUGCGGUAACCUAAUUUUGUUUCCCUAAAGUAAUGUAAGUCCGUUAUCACUUAAUUCUAUAUAAUUCAUAACUGUUAAUAAUAUACAUAAAGAUAUUACUCGACUGUGAUUGGUUGAUUUCAGUGCAGUUAAUCCCAAACAGCAGACAGCAGUGCAAUUUUCUGUAAUCACAGUACAAUUUUCUGUAAUCACAGUGCAAUUUUUUGUGAUCACAGUGCAAUUUUCGGUAAUCACAGUGCAAUUUUCUGUAAUCACAGUACAAUUUUCUGUAAUCACAGUGCAAUUUUCUGUAAUCACAGUGCAAUUUUCUGUAAUCACAGUGCAAAAAUCUGUAACAAACUGAUCUGAUUGGUGGAAAAACAUUGUGAUGAUUAAAUCAAUUCAAAACAAAACAAACAUGGCGCGGCGAAAGUAAAAGUUGCCUUCGCGUGGAAAAUAUGGCUUUUAUCUUUAUUUUUAAAUGGAAAAGCAUUUACCUUAAACAAGACUAACGAAAAUUACAUAGUUGAGUGGAAUUUUCAAGCUGUUAGCAUUGUAUAAUGUGAUAUAACAAAGCCAGGAAAACUUUGCCAUUGCCACAGUGGCAAAAACUACAAUUGUCUCGAACAUUUUUAUGUAAAUUAUUAAUAUAAUUAUUAAUAGCAUGGUUUCUCGUGAAAUUUUAAUAAACAUGCACUCGUGAGUUUUUCAAAGACCUCAAAAAAGUCUUUGAAAAACUCUCUCGUAGUGCAUGUUAUAUCCAAAUUGCACUCGAAACCAUGCUAUUACCUAUACUAACAGUUAAUAUUUAAAUUUUCUUUACGCUCUAUGUGAUCUAAUUGGAUUACUUUACAAUUCAUUUGUCGGACAUAUAAAAUAAUAAAUUAUAAGUUCUUCUGACAAGUUUUUGUUUUGGUGAACCCAGGUUACUGCAAAGGUGAUUUUGCGGUAACCCAAUUUGGUUUCUGAUGCAAGUAUUUUUGGACAUGCAGCCUGCAAGUGCAUAAUAUAAAUACCAGAAAACUGUGUAGAUGGGAAGAGACAUUGAGACAGGUUUGACGAUUUUGUCCAGGCUUUCAUCGUUCAUUUGCAUUCUUGGGCCCAGGCCCUACCGCGCCGUCGAACAGAGCAACAAAACCUGGGAACCUUGCUGUUAAGCCUGUUAUGUUUUUUCUCCGUAGAAACGAAAUAAAUUUCCUUUUUGUUUUUCAUUUUUGCUUCUUCAAAAUCUCUAAUUGUUUAUUGUAUUGAUGAUAAACUACGUUUGUUGAUAGAUCCACAAUAUUUAAUUGAACGACGAUCAAAAGGUAGAACAACCUCUUGUGGCUGUUUAUCUGACAUGGAAUUGCCAGAACCUGAAAGUACCAAGACUAUAGUAACGGUUACUACACGCGAGUCAACGAUAGAAGUAAACGAAGCAGGCAGACAAGAUAGACAACUGGUUUCAGAGAAUGUCUUAGAACGAUGUGGUGAAUGUAACUUGCAUAACUGUAAGUAUUGAACUGUAUUAAAGGCCACGAGGCAAUGUUUUAUGUUUCACAUAUGGCCAGGGCCAUGCAUGCAUGCAUGCAUGAUAUCUAAAUACUUUAGAUAAGGACCUUAAAAGGAGUGCAUAUAUAUUAGUAAGUAAGUACAGUAAGUACGUCAACACGUGGGGGUAUGCUAAUCAUCCUUACUUGCAGCUGAGCUAAGCUGAAUUACGAAAGACGCAGCUCGCCUGAUCGAAUCGAAGGCUUUUCUAAGGGCGCCUUUGACAGCCACAUUGUGACACGUGUCUGAUCACAGAGUACAUUACGUUACGGUGGAAGGGCCAACAUUCCUGCAUAUGGAAGGAACCGGGCUACCCGGAGAAAACCCACGACUAUCAGCAGGCGUUGACUGACUCUUUCUACAUAAGUCAUGUCGUUAAUCCGCAGCAAGGAUCAAACCCACGAUCUCAGAUUGAAGACUUUUAUCCACACGUGUGAAAUAAGCAUGCAGUAAAGAUAAUUAUGAUAUAAACAUAAGUGUUAUAUAGAGUUUUUGGCCACUGAGAAAAAUCGUAUUUAAACACACGUAAAAAAUACGAUAUUUUUACGUGUGAAAAUGAUCACUUUUCAAUUAUCGCUUUUCUGUAAAAAUUACCGCUUUUCAAAGACUGUCCUUUGAUAUAUUUUAAACAGAAAAAUACAUGGGUGCUUGGAAAUACCAGAUUUAUUUCUCAUGUUGAACAUGUUAUCUCACUCGUUCGCUGCGCUCACUCGUGAGAUAUUGUGUUCAACACUCGAAAUAAAUCUGGUAUUUCCGCGCACCCAUGUAUUAUUCUCUAUUUACUGGGCAAACAAAUUCAAUGAAGUGACGACAUAUGCAGCAAUGUAUAUAGUAUGUAUUAACAAUCACUACUGUAGAUAUAUAAGAGAACAAAAAAGUGGGAAAAUAUUCGGGUGGGGGAAUUUAGGUUUGUCACCAUAUUACUACACUGUCAAUAAAUAGCCAACUGUCCCCCCAAUCUCCUAUUCACAUUUUACUAUGUUUAUUAUAUUUUCUUAAAAUCAUUUAUUUGUAGUGCUUGAAAUAGCAAAGGUGGAAGUAUUACUUGCAGAAAAAGAACUGUCUUCUUUCAUUACAAGAAUGAUUUACUAUGUUCUCAUAAAACCAUGCGUGAUGACAGUAUCAACGAUUACUCAAAUGGCUGAAUGGUAGGUCCGCAUAGAUUUAUCUAUCAUAUCCAGUCUAUUCAUUAUACGUUUCCUUUAACUUUGUUUGUCAAUAAAGUAUCAAUCAGUUGUCGGGAGCAAUAUUUAUGCUCUAAUACGGACAAUUUUCAAUUUCUCAUUUGUGAACCUUUGUGUAAUAUUGCAGACGCAAAUAGGCACUUCCAGCUUUUAAUUUAUGCGCGCAGGGGGUUAUGGGAAGUAAGCUUUCAUAUUGCUGAUUAUGCUGAAAAUUUAAAUAAAAACUUUGCGGAAAUUUUGAUUCUAUAAAAACGUGAACAUAUUUAGCUUUCUCCCGCUUUUGUCAACAACCAUUUGAAUCACUGCCGUUCUUGUAUAAUGGCUCCAGCGUCGCAUUUAAUACUGCACAUGGCUCUGCCGAACAUAAGGUUGUCAAAUGUCAAUAGAUAAGAGAGUACCGCCUGAGCCAAUAUAACUGCCUAUUGUACUUCAUACAUGAAAGCCAUUGUUACAGCGUAUUUAUACCUUACAUGGUUCGUACAAAACUUGAAAGUAUUAAAUGUCCUUGGAUUUGAAAACAAAUUCAAGGCCUUGAAUCAGAAUGCCCUAGAACUUGUAAAGAAGUGUUUGAAAGUCUUUGAAUUCUUCUUGCUUUAGUUUAUGGAUAUUUUCUUAAAUUAUUUGACAUUCAGAAGCGGACAUUUUGUUGAAUUAAUUUUGCAUGAUCAUACUGGUAUAUCUGACAAAGCUGUUUGAAAUUUACUAAAGUUGCGUUUCGAACAAUUCAUCGUGACAUUGUACUGAUUUCUAACGCCUUCUUUUCAGUGUUUAGUGCUUGAAUUUGCAUGCUGAUGCAUGUCCUUGAAUGUCCUUGAAUUUGACUCUCUCUGAUAUGUACAAACCCAGAGUGAAACCGCAUCGUUCAAUUAGCUAUUAGACAGUCCCCCAUGCAUACAUGUCUAGCCGGAGUUGGAAAAAGUGUUCAACGGUGAAUAAUCUUUUUGAAAUUGCAAAAUAUGUAAAUUAUGUCAAUGUCAUUCAGAAUCGGCUACUUGUUCCUAUUUCGUACUGAAUAUUUCAAGUUUUAUGGUUUUCUCCUCAGUAUUCUCCAAUGUGAUCUGGUAUCGGUACUAUAGAUAGAUAGAUAGAUAGAUUUUAUUUUGACACGCUAACUAUACGUCAAUUAAAAAACAUUGAUUUCCACGAAGGGCGUGUGUUCAAAAGUUAUUAUAUAUAAAUGUUGUUAUGACUCUUAUGGAAUCAAAUAAAAGAAAAUAGAAAUAAUCUAACUGUUCCAAUUGACAAAAUUGACAAUAUAGACAACUAACAAAACAUAUAGAUAACUAUUUACAAUAAAGGAUAUAUAUAUGUAUGUAUGUAUAAAUAUAUUAUUUAGAAACAUGAGCAGCAAUUUUUCUUUCAAAUAGAGACUGGGACCUAAUUCCUCUGAUUUCUUUAGGCACUGAGUUCCAUAUUUUUGCCCCAUUAAACAUAAAACUCUUUUUCAUGCUAUUUGUGCGGGGCUGUGGCAAAACGAGUGUUGUUUCAUUGUCACGGAGACAGUAAUGCGUAUUCUCAUUCUUGUAGGUAAAAAGGUCUGUUAGGCUUUUAGGCCCAGACAUAUUCAAAAUUUUGAACAUUAAUUUUGCCUUAGCUUUAGUUCUUUGUACUUUUAGUGUCUCCCAUCCUAACGAAUUUAAUGCGAUUUGGGCAUUAACUUCGUUACCCAUGUCCAUAAUAAUUCGAGCGCAUCUAUUUUGAAGCUUUUGUAAUCGUUGUGAUUGAGUUUCACCAAAAAUGUCCCACAAUAUCACAAUAGUUACCAGCGCAAUAUCAAUACCCUGCCCUAGUCAAGUAUCAUUUGGUAUUAGCGUUGAGUAUAGAGUGUUCCACAUUAAACCUUCAUCACUGACCUCACAUAUGGCAAAAAAACCGCAGUUUUUUGCAACCCAGUGAUAGUAUACUUUGUUCACUAAAACUGUCUGUACCAGUGUAGGUAGUACCAAUGUGAAAAUGCUGUGCUGAGUGGUUAUAUUACUACCUUAAAAAAUAAGCAGAAACUCGACGUUUCGAGCGAAGGCCCUUCGUCAAGUUUCUGCUUAUUUUUUAAGGUAGUAAUAUAACUACUUUGUUCACGUAUGUCUCUGUUGUCUCAUGUUGUCUUAUGUCUCUGUUGGUUUUGUAAAACCUUACUGUAACUCCUUAAAUAUAGUAUUAUUCUGAAGCUACCAAAGGUCACCACUGGCGUUAACUUCCUGGACCAGUUGCUGCAUACCAUCAAGGAUGCCAUUGUUCACUAUGAAAUUUAUCAAAAUAUUCAUUCGUGUAAUGACAGGUACAAUUAUAUAUAUACUGUUUUUUGGUAUUUAAUGUUUCUGUAAUCAGAGAGUUGCGUAUAUGCAAACAUAAAAAGAAAUGAUAAUGGUGGCGAAAUAAUUUGUUCUUACAUGUAAAGUGAUGCAUUCAUAUAUUCCGAUAACCGAUAUUCAAGGAGCGAUAUUUUAACAAUUAUUAUAUUCACCGAGGUAAAUAGUGCAAGGAUAUUUUAGAAAAAAGAUUUGCUUGUCUGUAUUUGUAACAAAACGGGAAGACGUUUUGUUUUAACCGGGAGGUGAUUAGUGCAAGCCUGCAAGGAUAUCGAGACAACCAAUCAAAUUGCGCGAAAAGUAUACUGCCCACCGCCUGCAAAAUACUGUAUAUGCUUCGCUUAUCGCUAACAAAAAUGCUGACACCGAUAUGUUGAAUUUAGAGCCGAUACGUCCAUAUGGAUAUCGGUUCAUCACUUGUCCAAUAUACAACUAUAAGCUAGAGUAGAUACUGCUUUCACGUCAAAAUGAUGAUACAACCUGCAUGACUGCAGCUAGGAAGACCAUCUGCCCUUCCCUAUUUGGUUUCCUCCAUCUUUUACCGAUGAAAUAUUUAUAAAAAAUGGUUUUAAUUGUUCCAUUUUAGCUGCUCACACAAGUCUCAAGUGUACCGUUCAAGUAUCACAGAAGUGGAGUAUGAAAGUUACCAAAACAUUGAUACAUCCUCUGAAGAUUAUGACACAGCAUGCAGCGAGUCGUCAUUUGUCACGUGUUUAUCACACUCUGUCAGUGCGGAUUCCGAUCUGGAAUUAGAGACAUUAAGUUCAUCAAGCAGUGAUACUGUAGUUGAAGAGAUUUUUAGUAGUGAAGAGGUAGAAUUCAACUUGGCUGAUCAUGAUCAUCAACUCCGAGCAGAUUAUAUAUUAAGCAGUAAAGCAAGAUGGAACGCUGACGCUGAAGACUUGCUACAAACCUAUCAGAGAGGGUAGACGCCUAAGGCGGAAAUUGGUAAGGUAUGCUUUUAAUGGAAUAUUAGACUACGUUUACAUUGUACGGAUAGGUUUCCAUAGCGACGUGAAGAAACACCUAUCCGUACCUUUUAGGAACACUAUUUUUAGAGGAAUUAUUGCAACGGAGAGAGAUGUUGUUUCGCUCAGCUUCUGAAAAUUGUACAUUCCGUAUCGGAUAGGUGCUUUUCCGCGUCGCUACGUGAAUAUAUCCAGUACAGUGUAAAUGUAUAGCCUUAUUAGUAUAGUUAGUCACUCUCUCCCCCGCAGAGGCUUACAUGAAGUUUCUAGUGAGGAAAAAGUGAGCGCGCAAGGAGUGAUGGGAAGAGCUAAAUAAUUGAGCCUCUGCUAGUUAAUGCAAUCAACAUGGCGUCGUAUAUAAUCUUUUGGAGUUCGGUUCGAUCAACCAUCGAGGGUGUUAAAACAUGUUUUCGACUUUCAUUUUCAGGCGUACUUGAGUAUCCUGGGGUGAAUUCAAUAUCAAUAUCUUCUGUCCAUUUGCAUCGAAAAAUAUUGAGAAAUUGCAAACGAAUAUCAAUGGAUACGAGCUAUCUAAUUAUAAAUAUCCUCUUAAUUGCAACAUUUCUUCAUAAAAAUGACUCUAUUGAACUUCGAUACUCAGAUUAUGAAGAUUCAUUUCAAUUUCUUUAAAAAAAGGUCAAACAGCUAGUUUGGUUCAAAAACCAUACUUCGUCGCAUUAUCUGGCAGAGCCUCCCAAUCUUCCCACCACACCGCGCGCGCUCACUUUUAUUCUGGAAACUUCAUGUAAGUUAUUUGUAAAUACUUACGGAGGCUCUGCGGAGGAGAGAGUAGUUAAUUAUGUGAUGGCAAUUUCAAUUAAGGUACGAGCCGCUGGUCAAAACGUUCAAAUGUCACGAGUAUUGUUAAUCCGGCCUCAAUUGUACAAACACAUGAUUACUUAUUUAUUACUUGCAUGACAAAAUUUCGUUCAUUUGCAAAUAUUUAUAUCGAAAUUUUAUUUGAUAAAUAUCCUGAAAUUGACCCUAGAAGCGCUUACAUCGCGCAAUUUUCAAUCCAUCUAGACAUUAGGUAUACACAAUGCAAUGUGGGUCAAAUAUUCAUUGUUUGACAGUAGUGACGUAUGGACUUCCAAGGUCAAUUGUGAAAAGAGAAAAUACCGUAUCAGGAAACGCCCGCUACGCAGGCUAUAUUAGGAUAAGCCUGUCAGCCUGAGAUUGACAAUCUGCGAUAUAUAUAAUAAUAGUGCAGUAGGCAGUUUUAUGGUACGCGACAAAUGUAUGCAUGUUGGGAUUUGGAUUGUCGACUCGCCUCUGGUAUUAACAGGUCACAAUACAAAUCUAGGGCCGGUUGUACGAUGGUCGGAUAGUGCUAUCCAUCGGAUAGUGAUUUUUCCAACCUUUGUAAAAUUCUUGAAAAACUGUGAAAAUACGGAUAUAGACAACACAAGAAGUAUAAAAAAACAUUGAACUUAUAAAUACUAAACUUUAAUACGAGUUAUACCAAUCAACGACUGAUUCAACAAAGCUUGAAAAAAUCACUACCGGUGGAUAGCGCUAUCCGGCCUUCGUACAACUGGCCCCUAGAAAUGUGAAAAUAGUAUCUGUUUUGCCCUGUAUUUAUACCAAUGUUUUUCUUUCUACUUGUAGAAAUAUUUUCCGAACCAAAGUAAAAUGUCAAAAGGUGGUGCAAAUCUGUUGCCAUGGUUAACAACAGGGUUAAUAACGUUAGGCUGGCGUCUGACCUAAAUCAUGUAAAUAUAAAAGAAAUUUUCUACGAGAUUACGAUAUUAGUAUAGGUAAUCAUGCGAUGGCGAGUACAAUUAGGGAUUAAUAGUACAAGUGAUGUUUGUAAAUUUUGCAAAUUUCCAAACAUCACGAGUACUAUUAAUCCCUAAUUGUACGAGCAACAUUGCAUGAUUACUUGCUUAUUAUUAGCAUAUGACAAAAUUGGAUAAUAGUCAUAAUACUGAAUGUCAACAUCAUAUUCUCUUGCCAAAGCCCAGUCCUGACAGACUUUCAACCACAAUUUUGUGCUUUUGUUCGUAUUUUCAUUUAGUUCUUUUGCUUUAAGUUGCUAUAGGGCAAUUUCAUUUAUGUUUAAACUCGUGUUUAAAUACCUUUCUGUUUGUUUUGGGAAAAUGAUUAAUUGUACUGCAGUACAAUUAAUGAAAUAAUUGUACUCCUCUCAACCAAUCAGCAUCCAGUAAUUUUGUCAUGCUAAUAAUAAACAUAGUUACAUAGGGUAUUUAUUCAUACAGUUUUAUUAUCUCACAGAUUAUAUGUAGCAUGUUAUUUUGUGUUUGUGAAAUUAAAUUUUGCCCUAGCCGGUUGUUUUAUCAUGUGUUGAACCUGCUGCAAGUUAUCACAAUUUGUCUUCGUAACUUGAACUGUGAAGUUACUGCUUUGUCUUUGAAAUGCCGUCACAAAGCAUCGUCAAUUGAAAACUGGAAACUAGGAAACUAGGCAAAUUAGAAAGCAUAUAUAAUGAUACCGUGCAUGUGCAACAUUGCGUAUAUAAUUGAAAGAUUGAGCGAGAUUAUGCGAUAUAACCAUAUUGGAUGAUUGCUUCAACAUGCCAAAAGUCCUCGUGCACAAGUUUGCAUAAACAUGAACAAAAAGAUAGAACAAAGACUUCAGUCAAGUUUUCCGGACUAAAUAUUUAUUGACUCUGUAUACAAACAAGAAAGUCUAUAUCAUAGUCUAUCAAGAUAUGAUGAUCUGGAAACUAAACAGAAGUCAUUGUAUGAUGUUUUUGUCUGAGUUUAUGUUAAUUUAUGCACGGUCACUGUGAUUGAACUCAUUGUAUUUUCGUAUAAUGAAGUAACUGUCCAAUAGGGAUAGCUGAGAUGAAACGUGCAGCCACGAUGAAUAAUUUAAUGAAGUUGAGACAAAGGAUUUGUGCACGGAGAGUUACAGUUCCAACAUCGAACAAAGGCCUUCUAUUUUGUAGCUUUGAAGUUUGCCGGGUUUACAGACCAUCAUAUCUUGACAGAUUAUGUCUAUAUUGACUACAUUUGAGAUGUUUCUUUAACUGUGGGUUACAGCGUGAAAUGCCGGAAUGAUCAGAAUAUGAUUACUCGUGGUUUAAGAUUUCCACUCGCAGAGUGUAGACCAACAUUAAAACAAUUAUGCUAUUUCUUUAACUCGUUUGAGUGUUUGAUGAUAGUGUUUGAAAGAGAACAGCUUUGGUGAUACGUGAAUAAUUACAUGAUGAUACGUGAAUAAGUGUUUAUUUAUUACAACUAUUGCAGCGAAAUGUUUGAAUGAGCCAACAUUUUCUAAAUGGUUCACCCUUUUGCGCAAGAGACUUUCAACCAGUGAUGUCAUAUUUCAAUUCAAAGAGUGAUAACCAUGCAUAUCAACACACUAACACAAUGCUGGAGCAACAUUUCGUUUCAUAAAGGCGAUGUUGCACGAUAACAUGUGCGUCAAAUUAAAUUUUACACCCCCAAAUUUGUAUAAAAAUGUAUAUAGAGAAAAUGGACAAUUGAUAUUCUUUGCUUGCACAUGACGUCACUACGUGUCAUUAGGCGCCAUCUUGGUUGAUUCUAAAGUUUUGUCCAGCCGUUUACAUCGAAAUAGUUGAGUUACAUUAUUAUUUUUGGUUUGUUUUGAAAACAUCUUACUGUAUUAUGGAUAGUUUACGAUUUCUUUCACAAUACGACAAAGAAUGAAGAAUAUAGAUUUUUAGUUGCCACGUAUGUUUUGAAAAUCAACCAAGAUGGCGUCGAUUGCAAACGAGCAAUAGAGAGAAAGAGAAAAUGGACAUUUCUCACGGAAAUUGCAAGUUAACUACUUCAUCUUUGCACGGAUAUUUUGGAUCCCUGCGCCACUAUCCUUAGACAAUGUAUUACGCUAUUUUUAAAUGACGCACAAUUUAGGCGAGUCAGGAAGGGUCAAAGAUCCAAAAUGGCCAUGCAAGGUGAAGUACUAACUCAGAAAAAUGGUCAUGUCGCUGAGGAUUCACAACAUGAUCAGUUAAAGAUGAUGUCCACUCCUGUGCACAUGCGCAUUUUGAACUGCUAUGUUUGUAUAAUAUGAUAUACCAACUGGAUAUCUAAACUUUUCUGGUUUGCUAUGCUUGUAAAUGAAUAUAAUAUGUACGUUUCAAUUAAAAAAAGUUCGAAAGAUGCAAAAUUUGGGCAAUGUUUAUAUCUGGGGGUCCCCCUUUGUUAUGAGCAGAACUGAUGCGCAGAACGGAGUGGAAAUCAUCUUUAAGAUGGGCUCUCGAUUGUGGCCGCAAUUUCUGAUCGUGACAGAGAAAAUGGACAAUUAAUCUUUUACGUAGUCUACAUAGAUAAUCAAUUCUUAACUUUUUAACAUAAUAUUAAAUUUGUGAAUUGUAACAUAGAUAUUUGUGUAUGAUUUCAAUGGGUGUAGGAUUUCAAUUGGGACUAAUGGUUCUGUGUCCUUCGCCUGUCAUUGAAAAUGUAAAUAUUCAUUGGCGAAUCAUUAAGUCCAAAUUAAAUUCAAAUUUGUAAUCAC